UCGGCCAUAGUUAUAGACGCCGUGAGCAGAAAUUGACAUUCUGCCAUUUCCGCUUGAGUUCUAACACAACAUUUUUAAGACUUCUGAAUACAUUUUACCAUACAGCAAGUGUCACAAUAUUUCUGUUGCAGAAAAUACACAAAACACAAUGUAUCAUCAUGAUAGUGGGACAACCUACUCGUCUCAUGGAGCUUGGUCAGGUCCUCCAGGAAUGGUCGACGAAGAGAGAUCCUCAUCGCAAGCUAAUCUACGACAACAAAAAUUAGAGAAGCAGAAAAGACUCCUUUUGGAGAAACAGCGGCAGAAGAACAGCACACCUAUGAUGGUAAAACCAAAUGAGGAGCGAACUGGUUCAGGUGGGAAAACACGGCGACGGCUCCCAGAAGAGACACGUCCUUUGGUUUCUCCAACAAGGAGUUCAUCCGCAAGUGAUAGUUUACACGGCAUUGAUGGGCCUGCCUCAUACAUGUUGAAUGGCAGCUCCACUACUGUGCAAGUACUCACGGUUGGUUCAACAAGCACCGAUUCAGAUGACGAGUGUCCACGCUUUAAAGAAACUACAGAAACUGAGAAAAAACUUAAAGCAAUGGGAAUAUCAUCAAAGGCAGACUUUGAAGAGAAUGAUGAGCAGAUGAUACCAACGGUACCAUCCAUACAAGCUACAUCUCCUUACCCACCUCCAAAGUAUGAUGAUGUACUCGAGAACACCCUCAACUCAAAUUCAAACUCCAACUUAAACUCAACAAACAGCCAACCAGAAAGACCAAACUCUGGCAUGGACUCAAGAGGUGCUAUUGGAGGUGGGUCUAAUAUUGAUGACCUGGAUAAAUUUGUGAUACAGCCGGCACCUCAAGGUCAGACGAUACGAUGCCGUAUCUCCCGUGAUAAGAAAGGGAUUGACAGGGGAAUGUACCCGACAUACUUUCUACACAUGGAACGGGAAGAUGGAAAGAAGAUAUUUCUGUUAGCUGCUCGACGAAGGAAAAAGAGCACUACUUCCAACUAUUUGUUGUCAACAGAUGCCACAGAUUUAUCCAGAGAUGGAGAGUCCUACUCAGGAAAGUUACGGUCAAAUUUCAUGGGCACACAAUUCACAAUAUAUGACAAUGGUAUCAGCCCGGGAAAGCCUGGCAGAAUGGAAGACGGUAGUAAUGUACGAGAAGAGGUAUCAGCCGUCAUUUAUGAUACAAAUGUGCUAGGAUUUAAAGGACCAAGGAAAAUGACAGUAAUUAUACCUGGAAUGAGCUUAGACCAUGAAAGAGUUCCAAUCAGACCACAAAAUGAGCGAGAUGGUUUGAUUGAACGAUUCAAACGUAAACAAAUGGAGAAUCUACUUGAACUCCACAACAAAACACCUGUUUGGAAUGAUGACACACAGUCUUACGUACUUAAUUUUCAUGGUCGAGUCACUCAGGCAUCUGUUAAGAACUUUCAGAUUGUCCACGAGAAUGAUGUGGACUAUAUCAUCAUGCAGUUUGGGCGUGUCGGUGAAGAAGUUUUCACAAUGGAUUACAACUACCCUUUAUGUGCUGUGCAAGCGUUUGGUAUUGCACUUAGCAGCUUUGACAGCAAGCUGGCUUGCGAAUAGAUGCAGAUUGCAAACAUCUCUGCUACAUUACCAACUACAACUACUUAAAAUUCCAAGUGUAUCCUAAUUAUUGAUUUAAAAAAA